CCGGAGCCCGGCACCGCGCCGAGCAGCCGCCACCCCCCCCCGCUGCCACCGACACCCCCCCCCCCCCCCCCCCGCCGCCACCGCCACCGCCCGCCCGGGGGCUUCCCCGGCUGCCAGCAGCAGCAGCAGCAGCAGCCGCAGCAGCUCCGCUGCCCGGUUACCGGAGCCGCACCGCUGGCUCCCGGUCAGCUUCGGGCCCUGGAGGCGGGGGACGGGAGCGGGAUGCUGCUUUCUAAAAUUAAUUCGUUGGCCCAUCUCCGCUCCGGGCCCGGCGGGGAGUUGCACGCCGGUAAGGUGCCGCCAGGGAAGGAGAAGGAGCCGCUGGAGAAGCUCUACCAGGUGGGCCCGCUGCUGGGCAGCGGCGGCUUCGGCUCGGUCUACUCCGGUAUCCGCCUCUCCGACAGCGCCCCGGUAAGCGGCGGGGGGGGGAGCGGCGGGAUUGAAGCGGGGGGGGGAGUUGGUGGCGGCUUGGGGGGCGAGCGCCGUGCUCAGCCGCCGGUCCUUGCCCCGCAGGUGGCCAUCAAACACGUGGCCCGGGACCGCAUCUCCGAGUGGGGCGAGCUGCCCGGCGGCACCCGUGUGCCGAUGGAGAUCCUGCUGCUGAAGAAGGUGGGCUCCGGUUUCCGCGGGGUCAUCCGCCUCCUCGACUGGUUCGAGCGUCCCGACAGCUUCGUGCUGGUGCUGGAGCGGCCGGAUCCGGUGCAGGACCUCUUCGAUUUCAUCACGGAGCGCGGCGCCCUGCCCGAGGAGCUGGCGCGGGGGCUCUUCCACCAGGUGCUGGAGGCCGUGCGGCACUGCCACAGCUGCGGCGUCCUGCACCGCGACAUCAAGGACGAGAACAUCCUCAUCGACCUCUCCACCGGCGAGCUCAAGCUCAUCGACUUCGGCUCCGGCGCCCUCCUCAAGGACACCGUCUACACCGAUUUCGACGGUACGCGGGUGUACAGCCCGCCGGAGUGGAUCCGCUACCACCGGUACCACGGGCGCUCGGCGGCCGUGUGGUCCCUGGGCGUGCUGCUCUACGACAUGGUGUGCGGGGACAUCCCCUUCGAGCAGGACGAGGAGAUCCUGCAGGGCCAGGUGUACUUCAGGCAGAGGGUCUCUCCAGAGUGCCAGCACCUCAUCAGGUGGUGCUUGUCCCUGCGCCCCUCGGACAGGCCGUCCUUCGAAGACAUCUUCAACCACUCCUGGAUGCAAAGCGUCCACCUCCCCCAGAAGGCGACGGAGAUCCACCUGCACAGUUUGCUCCAGGAGACGGGCAAAUAACAGCUCCCUGCCUCUCCCGGCCCUAAGAAGCGAAGGACAGCGGACUUUCCUCCUGGUGACCGUAGCCCCGGGUGGGGACCGUCGCACGGAGCACGCACAGCUCGCUCCAGAGCCCGGCCGACUCGGAGACUCGGUCCCACCGGAGCCGGUGGCCGCGCCCCAACCCAGCUGUCCCGGACUUGAACCGAAUGGUCCUGUCUCACUUGAUGUUCUGCCAGUAAAAAAAAUGUGGUUUUUUUUUUGGAUUUUUUUUUUUUUUUUUUUGUCUUUGGGGGCUCCCACGAGUCUUCCUGGCCUGCUGAAUUUGGGACUGCGAGAGGAUCGGAGCCCUGACUGCGAGAGAAGCUCCAACCAGGGGACCUGGGGGGAGGGCAGGGCAGUGCCGCGGCCGACUAGCUCUCUUCUUUGCCGUCACCGUCUUCGAGUGCCUUCAGUUGCAAUCCUGGCUGUGCUGGAGGAAAUACUUGAAUUUUCCUACACUGCUGCUUUUCCGAGACUCGCCUGGGCGUAGAGCUACUUCUUCUCCCCGUGCAAAAGGAAACCGGGCGGAUGGAGCUGGGGAGCCGCGCGGGCGACGUCUCGCCUCCCGCACCUCCGAAGCGUGCCGCCGUCUCCUGGGGACUUUCUUCCUUGGGCUCUUUGCUUCCCGUGCCCUCACGAAUGCACAAACAAUGCAACCCAACAGAGCUGUAAAUGUGUGUACAGUUAUACAGGAGCAAAGCUUGAUGUACAGUUGUUAAUAAUGGUAACAUUUUACCUUUUUUUUUUUUCCUUCCAGUUUUUGUUUUUAAUUUAUUUUCAUGGAUUUGUUUUGUUUGUUUUGUUUUAAAGGAAGAGUCCUAGCCACUAGGAUAACUUAUUUAUUUAUUUAUAACUCCCGUGGGUCCCCGACCCAUGCCUUGCUUCUCCAGCUGCUGAUCCCCGGGUUCCCGUUGGGGUCUCCCCUUCGCAUCCGUCCCGGUGCCUGUUUCACCUCGUGCUUCCGUCGGAUGUCUGGCCGUGGCGUGGAGCAGCCGCCUGCGUGCGGCCCUGCUCCAACCUGUGCCCUGCCACGUGCCCGUUGGGGUUUGCAGAGGAUUUUUGCCGUUCCCCACGGAUACCUGGGGGGACCCGGUGCGUGCCGAAGCGGGGUCGUCCGCGCUGUCGAGUCUGUCCAUGUAACCAGUGUGUAGCCGGCGGGUUUUUGUUAAUAGGUAAUAUUGUACAGGGGAAUUCAGAAAUCCUAUUUUUUUUAUACAUGCGGUUUUAAAUAAAAACUUAAAUCACUUAA